UACCAUCUUUUAAUUUAUAGUCUCCCUCACUAGUCAUUACAGCCAUUCGCAAAUCGCAAGCAUAAAUUAUCAUCACCAAAAUUAUUGUUCAUCAUCUUCGUCGUCAACUCUUAUACUUGAGGUAUUGUCAUUUCAAUCUGUGUUCAAUUCUACUGCGAUUAUCAUCGGAAUCGGCGAGGUUGAACUUGCUAUCAUUUAAUUGCGUUUGAUGAUCAACUGACGCCGGAAUAUUUUCGAUUCAGGAACUUUGAAUUGGCUGUGCAAUUAUUAAAAUGGACAUCGGUUCGCCGUCAUCAACUCUCUCUCCUCGUCAUCGUAUCAUUCAGGGACUAUCCAUGAUUGGUGUUCCCGAGGAGUACCUAAGAGAUCUCCAGCCUGGUUUGGUGUGCUUUAUUAAAAACAACAAACCCUUGUUGUCUGAAAUAGUCUCAGCCAUUAUACCUACAGACCUAGGCACUGCAGGGAAUGCAGGGGUUGUUUGUGAAAGGAAAUUUGGGUCUAAGAAAGCAUUGGACCAUCUGAACUUGAAAGAUCUCUAUCGUGAAAGUAUGUGUUGGUUAAAGUGGUUGAUGUUUGAGCGCGAACCAAAUAUCGCUUUGAAUAACCUGGCUAGUUUAAAUGUUGGUCAGCGUGGUGUGUGUGGUGUUAUUUGGAGGGAAAAUGAUUUAGCAUUUCGCUGUAAUACCUGUGGACAUGACCCAGCUUGUGCAAUAUGUCUUCCUUGUUUCCAGAAAGGAAAUCACGAGAAUCAUGACUUUUUUACCACAACUCCUGGUGCGGGAUGCUGUGAUUGUGGCGAUGAGUCUGCCUGGAAACGAGAGGGCUUUUGUUCAGAGCACAAAGGCGCAGAACAAAUACAGCCUCUUCCAGAUGAGAUAGCCUGUUCAGUGGAACCAGUAUUGGAUCUGCUUCUCAAGUUCUGGAAAGACAACAUGUUAAGAAGAGAGUCAACCAAUAAACAUGGUACUGAGCUGCGAAAAGUUGUUAAUGAGCUUUCCUACAGUGUGGUGGAGAUGCUUCUGGACUUCUGCAAUCACAGUGAAAGUUUGCUGAGUUUUGUUUCUAAGAGGUUGAUUCACACAGUUGAUUUACUGAAAUUGUUGGUAAGAUCUGAGAGGUUCUUAAGUCCUGAUGUCACAAAGAAGUUGCAUGAGUUGCUACUGAAGCUUCUGUGUGAACCUAUAUUUAAGCAUGAUUUUGCGGAAGUAUUCACAGCGUAUUACCCUGUUACUGUUUCUGAGCUUCUUAAGACAUCUAGCUAUGAUUUUCAUAAUUCUCUAGUGAUGAAGUUUUCUGUGCACAUUUUUACUGUGCCAACACUGGCCCCACAUCUUGUAAAGGAGCGUAAUCUCUUGGUUGUGCUGUUAAGAUGUCUGGGGAAGAUUCUCUUUUCUUGUUGCGGAAAUGAUGGCCGUAUUCAGUUUAGCAUGUGGCCAGGUGUACACAAUCUAUGUAUCCGUGUCAUGACAGACAUUAAUCAUGUUCUAAGCCAUUCUGAUCUACUAAAGUAUGUGACUCAUGAACGAUUCGACACUGUCAAAGAUUGGUUGCAAAUUAUGUCUUUAGUGCAAGGCAUGAAUCCUCAACAACGAGAAAGAACCAACUUUAGAGAAGAUGUAAAUGCUGAGCUACCUUUUAACAUGUGCAGUUAUAUUGCCAAAAUUCAUUUUCUUUUAGUAAAGGGUAGUUUCUCUGGUUCUGACCAUGGUAGUGAAGAGAUGGAUGAGGCUUCUUCUGAGAGAGUGAAAAAAGACACUGAUGACGGAUAUAGUAAAAAACUAGCUGAAGUUGGAAGGCUUUCUGGUGAAGCUUCAUCACAGAAGUUGGACGCAAAUCAAGAUUUUGAAGUUUUGCCUUCUGUCUUACAGUUGGCUUUUGAGACAACAAAGGCUAUAGACUGUUGGUUGGCAGAGAGUAAUCUUGUUUCUCAUGUCACUAGCGACAUUUCAUAUUGCAUAUCCGCAUUCAAGGAGGCCUCAUUUAAUGUCAAAAAGGGGGUGUACACUUCAGGCUCAUCUGAUGUCUCCUCAGGGAGUACACUUCAGACACUGACACAUGACUGCCCAGUUAAUACUGGGGAUGUGGAUAAGGAUGUGAAUUUCUUGGAAUCAGAAACAUCUGUUGAUAAAGAUGCCUUGUCUUUGUUGAGUUUAUCUGUUUGGCCAGAUAUUGACUACGAUAUAAGCUCACAGGGGAUAUCAUUACAUAUGCCCUUUCAUGGAUUGCUGUCUUUAAUUUUGAAGCAGGCUCUUAGGCACUAUUAUGGAGACUUUGUACUGACAAAUAAGGAUGACUUCACAUAUCUGAAUCCUUUAUCCGACCACCUUGAUUUUUUUCAAAAAGUACUUAGAGGCUGCCAUCCAUACGGAUUUUCUUCAUUCAUGAUGGAGCAUCCUCUUCAAAGCAGGGUAUUUUGUUCCCAGGUUCGUGCUGGGAUGUGGCGGAAAAAUGGCGAUUCUGCUAUAUUAAUGUAUCAUCGAUAUCACUCUAUUCGCUGGUCUAAUCAAGAGUCGGAGCUUGAUCUAUUUUUGCUGCAGCUAUGUGCUGCUUUUGCUCCAGCUGACCUAUAUGUAACAAGAAUCUUAGAACGUUUUCAAUUGUCCAAUUACCUUGCUUUGGAUCUCAAGCAUGUUAGUGAGUAUGAAUCUGUUUUAAUGCAAGAAAUGCUCACUCUAAUAAUACAGAUAGUCAAAGAGAGGCAAUUGUGUGGACUAACAACAUCUCAGAGUCUGCAAAGAGAACUGAUCUGCAAGCUUGCAGCAGGUGAUGCUACACAUAGUGAGCUUGUCAAGGGUCUACCUAAGGAACUAUGUAAACUGGAUCUGCUACAGGAGGUCUUAGAUAAAAUUGCUUCAUACUCCAGUCCAUCAGGAUUAAAUCAGGGGAAGUACUCUCUACGAAUGCCAUAUUGGAAAGAACUGGAUCUGUAUCAUCCAUAUUGGAAACCGAGAGACUUGCAGGUUGCUGAAGAAAGAUACUCUCGAUUUUGUGGGGUUUCUGCCCUGAGUACUCAAUUGCCAAAGUGGACAAACGUCUAUCAUCCAUUAAUUGGAAUAGCUAGAGUAGCUACUUGCAAGACUACCCUCCAGGUUAUUCGGGCUGUCCUCUAUUAUGCUGUCUUUACGGAUAGAUCAGCAAAAUCCUCUGUCGUUAAAGAAAACAGAUCAGCAGAAUCACGUGCUCCCGAUGGGGUACUUAUAACUGCGCUGCACUUGCUUUCGCUAGCUUUAGAUAUUUGCUCUUUACAGAAAAAAUCUGGCCAUAUAUCUACUCAUGAUGGGGAUUGCUUUCCGUUGCUGUUUGUUGCAACAGAGGAAAUUGAAGUGGGGUUGCAUGAUGAAUCUGGUUGCCCGAGCUUACUAUUACUUCUGGUCAUGUUGAUGAGGAUGCACAGGAAAGAUAACAUGGUCAGCUCAACGGAAGCAGGGAACUUCAAUAUUUCUUCCUUUGUAGAAAUUCUUCUGAAAAAGUUUGCUGAAUUAGACUCAAAAUGCAUGGUGAAACUGCAGCAGUUUGCUCCUGAAAUUGUUAAUUACAGAACUGAUGAUAUAGUGGAUUUAAGUUCAGCUUCCGAUACAAAGAAGCGGAAGAUGAAAGCCAGGGAAAGACAAGCUGCCAUUUUGGCAAAAAUGAAAGUUGAGCAAUCUAAAUUUCUAGCAAACUUGACGGGUUCAGCUGAUACUGAGUCUGAUCAUUCUGGCUUUGGGAAUGUGAAACAUGCUUCUAAUGUACUGCAAGAGACACAAGUUUGUUGUCUUUGCCAUGAUUCCAAUUCUGCAAACCCAGUAUCUUUCCUUAUUUUACUUCAGAAAUCUAGGAUUGUAAACUUUGUUGACAGAGGUUAUUCUGCAUGGGACCAAGGCUGGCAUUCUGAUGGGUUGGAGAGCUCUGUAAAAGCAUGUAUGGAAAAGGAUCCUCUUGCUAGUAGUGGUUCUAAUGCUAUCUCUGUGGAGAGUUUACCAUCAUCUGAGUUGUUGCCAUUAGUUGAAGGUGCAAUAGAUGAGUUUGCUGCACAGGCUCACCCUGAAGAACUUAAUAAUUUUGUAGUUUUUUGUAAGUCUAAGUUUCCCGAGCUUCAAAAAACAAAAAAUCCUGGAAAACUUGCUGAGAUGAGGAAUAAGACUGCAUGCUCCCUUGAGUCUUUAGAGCAAGAUCUGUUUUUAUCUAUUUACAAAGAGAUUAGUUGUAAUGACAACUCUGGUUUUACGAGCGAUGGUGAAAGAAUCUCUACUGCAGAAGAUACUACAAAAUCAUCAAACCAGGUCUCUCUGUUGCUUGGAAAAUACAUAGCUGCUCUCACCAAACAGUAUAAGGAUACUUCACAAAACAACAACAUAUUUCCUUCUUAUGAUGGGUUUGGCCCCUUAAAUUGUGAUGGGAUUCAUAUUUCCUCUUGUGGCCAUGCAGUUCAUCAGGGAUGUCUUGAUCGUUAUUUGUCAUCAAAUGAAAGACUUAUCAGCAGACGAAUGGUAUCUGAAGGCAGACUUAUUGAUGAUUUGGAUCAAGGCAAGUUUCUCUGUCCUGUAUGUCGCCGCCUUGCAGAUUCUACACUACCUGUUGUACCAGAUGAUUCUCAUAAUGUUUGGGAGCAGCCUACAAAUUUCAAUAUCCCUUCAAUGCAUUCUCUUGGCUCUUUGACUGCAUCAAAGCAGGAGUGUGGUUCAUUGCGGCUUCAAUAUGCCUUGUCUAUGUUACAAACUGCAGCUUCUACUGUUUCGAGAAGUGAUAUGCUGAAGGCUUUACCUAUGCAGAGAAAUACAAGUAUCAGCCCUAAUCUUGAACCUGUCUUCCAAUUGCUAACUGGAAUGAGUUUUCCAGGGAAACAAGACGUUUUCUUAAGAUCGGGGAGAGCGAGCCCUUCUGUUCUUAUGUGGGCCACUCUCAAGCAUUCACUUGUAUCAACAGAAAUUGCAUCUCGUUGUGAAAAGAGCUCUCUAAGUGCAAGAAAAGGCCUUAGCUCUUUGGAUGAUGAAUAUAGGUCAUCUUGUGGGUUUAUACUGCCAAUGCUGUUAAAAGUCAUCCAAAGCACUAGAAGCACACACUUGCCUGAUUUGCUUGUAAGGUUUAGAGGCCUUCAACUCUUUUCAGCAUCCAUUUGCUCUGGCAUUAACAACGAUAAGUGCCCAGAGGGAGCAAUCAGUGGAGAAGGAAAAUUUUUGUGGAUAUUAAAACAUGCAAAUGGGGAGAUGGCAUAUCCUGAUAUGCAAUUUUGGGAUCAAGCUUCACACCCUGUUCUUAUCCAUGAUCCUUUCUCAACAUUGAUGUGGGUUCUAUUUUGCCUUCCCUCUCCAUUCCUGUCAACACAAGACUCUUUCUUAUCUCUUGUGCAUGUCUUUUAUGGUGUCUCUAUCAUUCAGGCUGUAUUCACAUACUGUUCAUACGCACACCGCAACGUGAAUGACUUAGGAUUCCAUGAUUGCCUGAUUGCUGAUAUAGCCAAGCUAGCUGAAAAAUCUGUCAUUACAAAGCAGAUUUUCAUUUCAAAUCAUGUCGAUCCGUCUUGUCAUGUCAAAGAUGUGAUUGAUAAUUUAACCUUACCAUAUCUCCGAAGGUGUCUGUUGUUACAGAAACUUCUCAAGUGUUCUGAAAUUUCUCCUUCCCCUUCAUGGGUCGAUGACUUUGAUAAAUCAAUAGGUACCUCUGAUUGCCAGGAGGAUGCUGGUAUGCUGGGGAAUAGGGAUGAGACAAAGGAAUUACGCAAUAUUUUUAGAAUUCCUCCACUGGAUAUUGUUCUUAAAGAUGGAGGUCUACGUUCUAUGAUGUUUAAAUGGUUUCAUCAUUUUUCUAAGGACUUUGAGGAUCAAUGUGUUCACCGUACUCUGUAUUCAACUCCAGCUGUUCCAUUUCAGCUGAUACGUCUUCCUGCUGUUUACCAGGAUCUUGUGCAGAGGUAUAUAAAAGUUCCAUGUCCAAUCUGUGAGACUGUGCAAAAUGAACCUGCUUUGUGCCUUUUGUGUGGUAGAUUGUGCUCUCCAGCCUGGAAUUCUUGCUGCAGUGGAAGUGAAUGCCAAGCUCAUGCAAUGUCAUGUGGCGCUGGGACUGGGGUGUUCCUUUUAAUUAGGAAAACAACAAUUUUACUUCAGCGAAAUGUACGCAAAGCUCUUUGGCCUUCGCCUUACCUUGAUGCAUAUGGUGAAGAGGAUGCUAAAAUGCGUAGGGGCAAGCCACUGUAUCUAAAUGAGGAGCGGUAUGCUGCUUUGACGUACAUGGUGGCUUCUCAUGGCCUUGAUCAAAGCUCCGAAGUUCUUCGUCAAACAACUAUUGGUCCCUACUCCUUGGUUUAAUUCUCAGAAAAAGCUCUGGUUGUGUGAUGAGCUGACAUGAAAAGCGAGAACGAUGUAUAGGAGAUGAAGACUUCGUUGAUUCCCUGUCCACACCUCAAACCCUGAUUACAACAAACUUAGUUUUGACCUGCAGCGCCCUUGUAAAACUCAACCAUGUAAAUACUCGUAUUUGAUUACAACCAUUGAAGAAAGGGAAAUUCUUGUAAGAUAUAUGCCUGUACGUAAUUGUAUACGAAGUAUGUUAUUGGCAAACUUGUAAAUAAUUGCAAAGUUUUUGUUUUUGUUAAAUUGUGAUUUUUGAUAUACCACAAAUUGUGAUUUUUAUGUACAAAUUUGAUGUUUGGUAUAACAUUUGAUUUGAAACAUAAAACAUAUGGAGUACAAAGUAUUAAUCCUUAUACGUAGUCAUUCA